AUGAUCGCCAAAACGUUCGGUCGCGGUUGCAGAAAUCGACGACGAGUAAAAGAAUCAGCGCCCGGCAGGCCCUCUGUAAAUACUUAUACGCGGUCGAUAGGCUGAUUUUUCGCCGAACCUUCUAGGAGCAGCAGAACCAUGGGACAACACGUUUCCCGGACGGACUUCGAGUGGACGUACACGGAGGAGCCGCACGCUAGCCGGCGGAAGCUGAUUCUGGAAAAGUACCCACAGAUUAAGAAGCUGUUCGGUUACGAUCCGCAGUUCAAGUGGGUGGCAAGUGCCAUGGUCCUGACGCAGCUGGCCAUGCUGUUUGUGAUGAAGGACCAGCCGUGGAAAAUAAUAUUUCUCACGGCCUACUGUUUCGGUGGAGUGAUCAAUCACUCGCUAAUGCUCGCCUGUCACGAGAUCGCACAUAACCUGGCGUUUGGACAUGCGAGACCCCUGGCCAAUCGGUUGUUUGGCUUCUUCUGCAAUCUCCCGAUCGGCCUACCGAUGUCGGUGUCAUUCAAAAAGUACCACCUGGAGCAUCAUCGCUAUCAGGGCGACGAGGUGAUUGAUACGGAUCUGCCAACGUACCUUGAGGCGCAGCUGUUCUGCACCACGCUCGGCAAACUGUUCUGGGUCUGUCUGCAACCGCUGUUCUACAUCUUCCGGCCACUCAUCGUCAACCCAAAGCCACCGCAAAAACUCGAACUUGUCAACGGUGUCAUUCAGCUCGCCUUCAACACGGUGAUUGUUUACUAUUUCGGGUGGAGGGUAAUGGUGUAUCUGAUCGUGGGGUCCCUGCUGGCGAUGGGCCUCCACCCCGUGGCCGGCCACUUCAUCUCGGAGCACUACAUGUUUGCGAAGGGCUUCGAAACGUACUCCUACUACGGACCGCUCAACUGGAUCACGUUUAACGUCGGGUACCACAACGAGCAUCACGAUUUUCCGGCCGUACCCGGACGGCUGCUGCCGGAGGUGAAGCGGAUCGCUCCGGAGUUUUACGACACCAUCCCGCAGCAUACCUCUUGGACGCGUGUGCUGUACGAUUUCAUCACCGAUCCGUCCAUCGGACCGUACGCUAGGAUCAAGCGUAAGGCCCGCGGACUGGACUCCUAA